CGCACCACCGGGAUGCCAAAAAAGUCACAACCUCGCUACUUGGCUCUUGAGCCUGUGUCUGUACGCCCCUUUCAAAGAACAUUUCCAGGUCCUUGACAUGGCCACGAAUCUCGAUCCGUCCACUCCCCUUCGUGUCCUUCUCGUCGGCAAUGGCGGUCGCGAGCACGCUAUCGCAUGGAAACUCACACAGUCGCCACGCGUCGAACACGUUUAUGUUGUUCCUGGUAAUGGAGGCACAGCAGGCGUCAAGAAUGUCACCAACGUGACAAAUGUCAAGGCUGAAGACUUUCCAAGUUUGGUGGCUUUGGCAACAGAGAAAAAUGUCAACCUGCUGGUACCAGGACCGGAGGCUCCCUUGGUCGCUGGUAUAGUGGACUAUUUUAAAGAGCAUGCGAAAGAUGUGAAAUGCUUUGGUCCGUCGCAGAGUGCUGCGCGCAUGGAGGGUUCAAAGACCUUCUCCAAGGACUUUAUGCACAGGAAUAACAUCCCAACUGCCGAGUACAAGAACUUCAGCGAUUAUCACGAAGCAAAGGCAUACGUAGAUUCGAUUUCUCACAAUGUCGUAAUCAAGGCGAGUGGACUAGCGGCAGGGAAGGGUGUCAUAAUACCCGCAUCCAAAGAGGAAGCUCAAACUGCGCUACGAGAGAUUAUGCUAGAUAGAGAAUUCGGGGCAGCAGGCGACGAAGUAGUCAUCGAAGAGUUUAUGGAGGGCGAUGAGCUCAGCAUCCUGAGCUUCUGCGAUGGCACAAGGCUGCAAUCACUACCACCAGCCCAGGAUCAUAAGCGGAUAUUCGAUGGCGACAAAGGCCCUAACACUGGUGGGAUGGGAACAUAUGCGCCCACGAGAAUUGCUCCAAAAGAUGUGAUUGACCGAAUACACGAGACCAUUCUCCAACCUACGCUUACAGGCAUGCAUAAAGAGGGCUUUCCGUUUGUGGGCAUUCUCUUCACUGGUUUGAUGAUGACCAAGAGCGGUCCCAAAGUCCUGGAAUACAACGUGCGAUUUGGUGACCCAGAAACGCAAAGCUGUCUCCCGCUGCUCGAGUCUGAUCUAGCCGAAGUCAUGCUUGCGAGUGCAGAGGGCCGUCUCAAUGAGGUACCCAUCGUAGUAUCUCACAGGUCUGCCGCCACCGUCGUCGUUGCAGCCGGGGGUUAUCCUGGUUCAUAUGGCAAAGGCUUUGACAUUAAGCUAGACUCCGUCACGGCAGAUACUGUUAUAUUCCAUGCCGGCACAAACUUCAUCGACGGAGUCCUCAAGACUUCUGGUGGCCGAGUCAUUGCGGCUACAGGUGUUGCCGAUACUCUUGAAGAAGCAGUAAGGAAAGCCUAUGAAGGUGUAGGAAGCAUACAUUUCGAUAAGAUGCAAUAUCGAAAGGAUAUCGCUGCGAGAGCGCUGAAAUAAGUACCUCAGUUGAUACGAAGCAUAUAUGAGCGCGUAGAAGAAGCAUUGAAGUGGAUAGAAAAAAGCGCUUUUGCUAUACAU